UCUCUUUUUCUUUUUUUUUAGAGUGGGUAUCCAAGCUCUGGACCCACAUCAAGCACUCCUGCCUUCAGGCCUGAGGAUGAGCUGGAACAUCUGACAAAGAAAAUGCUGUAUGACAUGGAGAAUCCUCCCUCUGAUGAGUACUUUGGCCGCUGUGCUCGCUGUGGGGAGAAUGUUGUUGGGGAAGGCACUGGCUGCACAGCAAUGGACCAGGUCUUCCACGUGGAGUGCUUCACCUGCAUGAUGUGCAAAAACAAGCUGAGGGGGCAGCCUUUCUACGCAGUAGAGAAGAAAGCCUACUGUGAACCCUGCUAUAUUAACACACUGGAGCAAUGCAGUGUAUGCGCGAAGCCCAUCAUGGAAAGGAUCCUCCGAGCCACCGGGAAGGCCUACCAUCCCCACUGCUUCACCUGCGUCAUGUGCCAUCGCAGCCUGGAUGGGAUUCCCUUCACCGUGGAUGCUGGUGGGAACAUCCACUGCAUCGAGGAUUUCCAUAAGAAAUUUGCACCAAGAUGUUCAGUGUGUAAGGAGCCCAUCAUGCCAGCCCCAGGACAAGAGGAGACUGUACGCAUUGUCGCCCUGGAUCGCGACUUCCAUGUCCAGUGCUACCGGUGUGAGGACUGUGGCGGCCUCCUGUCUGAGGGGGACAAUCAGGGCUGUUACCCUCUGGACGGGCACAUCCUUUGCAAGACCUGCAACUCAGCUCGGAUCCAGGCUCUGACCGCCAAGGCCAGCACUGAUCUCUGAGUACCAACUGUGACCCUCCCCAGGAUGCCUGCUGGGGGAAUUGCACAAGCUUUGCAUGAUUUCUUUCCAGCCUAGGGCCUGAAUCUUUGUUUGUGUGUUUGUUUGUUUUAAAAAAGUAAAACUGGAAGGCCUUGGAGCAAGAGGGCUGUUCUGUGGCCAGGUUCAGACUGCCAGCAACAGGCACCUAACUUAGGCAUAGUCUUCCAGAGGGUGGCGAGUCUGACCACCAGCUGCUAAGUUAUCUGCCCGUGGAAGAAGGUCUGAACUAGUGAAAUGUGGCUGAGCUAGUUCCUUUUUCCAAGUUAUUUUGGAAAUCUGAUCGGCUAUGGGGGUCUUCUCUUUGACUUUAAUGGAUCACCAGCAGAAGUAGCUCUACUGUCACAGAGGAUCUGAAGCCAAUGUGAGAGCAGAACUAGCACCCCUCAUUACAACUCAAACAACAUAACUUUGACAGUACUGCACCUAAGGGUGUAGAUGUGACCUUGAGCUUUUUGGGACACAGAUUUGUUGUGUGUUUCUUCUUAGGUCCUUACUUGUCUCCAUUCCCUUCCAGUUCUAUAGGUUGUUGGUUUUUGUUUUUUCUUUUUUCUUUUUCUUAUGGAAUUAUAUUUUUGCUAUUGCAUAAACUUAUUCAGUAGUAAUGCUUCCAAUUCACAAUAUAUGAGCAAUCACAGAAAGAUGUGAGCUUGCACACACACACACACACACACACACAAUGUGCUUUUGAUUUACUAGAGGUAUAAGCCAAUCAUGUCUGCUGAGAAGGUCUUUCAAGGACCUGGGGCUGGAAACACUCUUUAAAAAUCCCAGUGGUUAAAUAAAAUAAUAAUAAAAAAAAAGACUACAUAGAACUGCAGUGCAAAGCGAUGCUCAAAAAAAUCUUAUGCCACUCGCUAUAGUGGGACCAAUGGCUGUGCUGGCUUCUGGGUAGAUAUUUAAGCACUGGAGUCUUGUUCCGUUGUUUAUUGAAAUGGGAGGAUUUUCCUUCAGCUGUAACAGGAACUGAAGCAGGGAUAGAUGUCUUUCUGAAGUUAACACGCAUGGUCUGGAGCUCCCAUUGGAAAAGGUAUCUUAUUCCAACAACGGCAAAAGAACCGUGCGGUUGUUCAGUUUUUGUCUUAAAGCUGAAGAAGGUGUUAAACCCUUCUCUGUGCCAUCCCAAAAAGCAAAUGAUUUUUUUUUUUCUUUCAUUUUCAUCCCAGCCACUUAUUACUCCCCUCUGGUGAAAUGUCAUUGCAGAAGAGUGCUGGGCCAGGAGCAGUACUUUCAUCUUUUGUCCAGAGGUAAUACAUGUGCCAAGGUAAAUAAAAAGCUGGGCAGAGAUAACCUUUCUUUUUGUCAUGUUGGUGUUCAUGGGCUUUUUUUUUUCCUUUUCUUUUUGCUAAUUAAAAAAAUAAAUUAUAAAUUCAUGGCUCACUCUGAGCAGCUAUAAUAUUCUUGUUCAUGAAACCCAUAAUAACUAAGGUGCAAAUUACAUAGUGAGGGAGUAAUUUUCGUAUCACUGAAUUGACAUUAAUAUCUUAUUUGCAGAUGUAAUCAAAGAGAAUACCUUUCUUUGCACUUAACAAAUUAAGAAGCAGAACUGAAACAGUUGCAGGCUGAUUGACCGUAUAAGUGACAAACUGGCACUUUUCAACAGUAUUAGGAGAACUUUUUCAUGUGCCCACUGAAAAACAAUGAAAAUGUGGUGCUUUCAUCUUCAGUCUCUAUAACGGAAACCUGAUACAAUUAUCCUAGUGCUAGGGAAAAGAAAAAAAAAAGUUAGAUGAGCUGGACUGAUAGGAAGCAAAGAAAAACUGAAAUAGUCACUGCAGCUCCUGCAAAUGGUGCGUUUCCUUUCAGUUUAGCACUAACCUCUAUGGAAGAGCACUGUGAACUGUAAUAGCUUUAGCUGUAUACAGUAAAUUCAAAUACAGAAAUACCAAUCUGAAACCUCUGUUCCUCACAUGGUUUGUAUGUUGGCAAACUCCUUCGGUGUCAGGGAAGAUUCCCAAAAUUCACAGCUCAAAAUGAAUCCUUCUUUGUAGAAGGGUGGCAUCAUUAAGCAAAAGAAAUCGUUCUCCACCAUAGCGGCUGUACUGAAGCAGUUUGCCUUUUUAUACUAGAUUUCUGCCCUGGCCUUCAAGAAUUUUACUGCCUCAGACAUAAACAGACUUUUUUGCAGGGUGACUCCUGCCAGAUUCCAUCUGGGCUCCUGCUCCCUGAACCGUGGCACGUAAGAUUCUUCUGAGCUCGCUUUUUACAGGCAGCCCCUUCACACAGCAGUCAAAAACUCUUGCAACUAGUGAGUGAAUCCAAUUUGAAUUAACCCUACAGGAACACUGGAGUUCAGAGCUAGGGUUGCUAACACUGCUGGUUUUACAUCUCUGCAAUCACAGGGGGGGACCUGAUGCGUCCAAGCAUACAAGAAGCCAUUCAUCAGGCAGCUCUGAACUUUGUUCUCGUUAGUGUUAAAUCGGGUGGCUGAUGAGACUCUCAUGAAUACCACUGGGGUAAGUGAUGGAAACAAGCUUGUGUAUCUGCCUGCAGAAUGUGGCCUAGACUCAGGAGGACUGAAGUCCAGAGCCCUUGGGCUUUUCAUGGUCAUGAUGUAGGCUGGAAUUGGGAAAGUUGUAUGGCUUCUUGUCCUUUGCACGAGAAAGCUUCUUUACAACUUCCCAGAGUUGCUGUGAGAAUUAAAUUAGUUGAAGAUUGGCCCAAACUCCUGAUUUUGGAGUUUUGUUUUCUCCUUCCAGAAAAGUUUGCUGGUUUGUAGGUUUGGGACUCCAGCCCAUUUCAAAGCUAAGGGCCAGCCAGGAGGUGUAGAUCUCAAUCUGUGUUAUUAGGGUGCUGUGGUGAGCUGGGCUGGUGUGCAGGGAGGUGAGAGCCAAAACUUUUCACACAUUAAAUACCCAAUGGAUGAAAAGUGGUUGUCAAAGAUUGAGUCGUGUUAUUGUUUGAGGUACUGUGGCUAAUUUCUGGACCUGAUGUAUCUGGGCAAAGGUACUAUCGUGCUUUUGUUUUCACCCCUGAAACACCAAAGCCAUCUGUCUGUUGGAAAGAUUAAGCAUCCAAAACAAUUCUCUUUGUUUUCUGUUAUGCAAGUUGUUUUGGCUUCUAAAAUUGCUGUAAAUAUAUUUGGAAGACAGUGCAUAUAUGUAUAUGUACAUAUAUAUGUAUGUAAGUAACACAGAGGCUCUCAUCAGCCACCUGUUCAUGGAAGGCUCCCCUCUGAUGCUUCAGGAUUUGACUAGAUAAUGCUGGUGGACUUAUCUUAGUUGCACUCAGUUAAGAACCACUGGGAUAUUCCCGCAUCACAAUAUGUAUCGCAUUUUGCAAUACAACCUCAUUUAUCUGUUCCAAGAAGGAGGUUUUUGCCAAAGAGACCUUACCUUUUUAAGGUGCACAUGUUAGCCAUAAAAAAAACAAAACAUAUAUAUAUAUAUACACAUAUCACUUCAUUUGUGCCUGUGGUAAAGUCUAGACUGUUCUUUUCAGAAAGAAUUGGAAGAUCAUACAGACACCUCUGUUUGAGUCUGCAGAGUUUUUGCUUGUGCUGCUUUGGCCUCUUUGAGCAUUUGUUGGCAAGUAGGGCCUGAUCCUGUGAUUUGUGUGGCCAGACAGGGCACAGAAGGGUCCAGGAAUCAGGUUCUAAUUUAGCAAAAUGCUUAAGCCCGUGGGGAUUGUUUAAGCAUAGGCUUAAAGCCAUUGCAUGGUGUGUUAUAAGCUAUGGGUCUGCAGUCAUUAAUGCCAGACUGACUCUGCAUCACUCCAUCAGAUAAAUUGGAGCUGCAUAGGAUGGGGCCACAGUCGAAUUUUUGUUAAACUCACUUGAAUGUGUGGUACAGCUCCUGUGUCACCUUUAUGCAGGAAUGCAAACAGCAGGAGAUCAAAAGUAACGUCUGGACAUUGGGAGGGUGAGUUGUUACAAGAUCAGUGCUUAGCAUGGGGUGACUGUGGCACUUUCCAUAUGUCACAAGUAGCCCCACAGCCAGAUUUACUCUGUCUUUGAACCAUGGCUUUAAACGUCUGCUUAAAGUUUCUCCCAAAGCUUGGGUUGUCUUGGUUACAGCCCAAUCCUUAUGCACAUCCCCAGGGCUAACACUACAAUUUUAUGAAUGUGAUGGUUUUAUUGUCACUUAUUUUAAUCAUUGCCUGAGAGUUACUUUUAAAAACAGAAAGCAACACCAUUGCUUUAGCUUAUCAGAUAAUGCACCUUUAAUUUUGUUGGUUUUUUUAAAUAUAUUAAUUCUUGGAUUUUUAUCACAACUGCAAUACACUUCGGUAAUGACUGAAUCAUAGAGGUGUGAAAGUAGAAAGUAUUCAUCAGAGUGGAUUCUAUAUAAAGUGUUCAGCCUGAUGGCAGGUGCAAAACUUCCCUGAGAUAUGGGCCUUACAUUGAUUUCCUGCCUAUCAGCAAAGUGUGCCUGAGAAGAAUGAGGAAAAGUUGUGUUUUGAAGAAUUGGUGGUGGUUGAAGGGAAUAUGCAACAAGUCAUGCUGAAAUCUCUUUGAACCUGCUCCAGCUCCUGCCAGACUAUGGUCAGCAAAACCUAGCCUGGGUCUGAUAAAUGCUGGUUUUAGGGUAACGUUGCUUUUGAUUUUGAAGUAGUCCAGCAGUUGAGGGCUAACAGGACCCCAGAGAAGGUCCACGGUUGCUUUUCUUUGUUAACCAUGGUAGACAGUUACUGCCUUGGAUGAACAGCUCAGAAAGGAAUUGAAUUUUGAACUGUUUUGUUAUUGAUGUCUGAUUCCUGCAGUUGGUUCAUCACAUUGAUUUGAUAUUUCUUCACACAGAGCUGUGUUGCCUACACUUGACACACAUUUCAGCGCUGUAAAUCAAUUAGCAGAGAUGUGGGCAAGAAUCUCAUGGUGGUGGAAUUCCCAAUCGAAAACACUAGUGAUGGUAAUAGAGGGCUUGUUGCCAAAGGAUGGCAGGAACUACUCAGUACUAUCUGGAAGCACCAGUUGAGGAAGCUGAAGAACACUAUUUCUAGUUUGAGCUGGUCCCAGUUUUUACACUAAAUCAUGUGAUGUUGGAAGGGCCUUCUUUUUAAUGAGAAAUUCUCUCUUUGCAGUGUUAUCCACAACAGUAUUUCUUGCUGUUAUAAUUAAAACCUUAUUCAAUUUUUAUCUAAAUAGAUUUCAGAAUUGUUGACAAAUAUUUUCAUUUCUCAACUUUGUCUCCUUUCUCAAUUCUUUUUUCCUUCUUGGGUUUCUUCUGCUGGUCAAUUAAAGUUUCUGUGAUGAUUUUGAAAACUUUUUUGGAUAGAAAUUCAUUAAAAAAAAAGCACAUGUUCUUGGAAAAUGGUUCAAUGUUAGGCCUGGUGAAAUAAAAAAAAAA